AUGGAGACUCUGAUACUCAGUGUUGAUGAUGCCGGCUGGGGAAGAACGUACGGUAAAACGGUCGUUGAUGUCGUCCGCCAGCGCCUUAAUGAAAAACGAGCGGCGGAAUUGAAUGUCACAAGACUAUUUUACUUGCGUAUAGAUUGUGUCGGUGAUGAAGUCGUCCACCAGCUAAGAAGCGACGGGCUUGAUGCACUUGAGGACGAAGGUUUGUAUUGGGGGAAAGGGGAGUCACCGUACCUUGAAGUCGAGGAAUAUUGGGUGGGGACCUGGUAUAGUGAGUUAAAUAUCUAUGUGCAGCGGGAAUUCGAAAACAGCUAA